GGAAGAGGCGGAGAACAAUAUGGCGGAUGGCGAGGAGCCGGAGAAGAAAAGAAGGAGAAUAGAGGAGCUGCUGGCUGAGAAAAUGGCUGUUGAUGGUGGGUGUGGGGACACUGGAGACUGGGAAGGUCGCUGGAACCAUGUAAAGAAGUUCCUCGAGCGAUCUGGACCCUUCACACACCCCGAUUUCGAACCAAGCACUGAAUCUCUCCAGUUUUUGUUAGAUACGUGUAAAGUUCUGGUCAUUGGGGCUGGUGGCCUAGGAUGUGAGCUCCUGAAGAACCUGGCAUUGUCUGGUUUUAGACAGAUUCAUGUUAUAGACAUGGAUACAAUAGAUGUCUCCAAUCUAAAUAGGCAAUUUUUAUUUAGGCCUAAAGAUGUUGGAAGACCUAAGGCUGAAGUUGCUGCAGAAUUUCUAAAUGACAGAAUUCCGAAUUGCAAUGUAGUUCCACAUUUCAGCAAGAUUCAAGAUUUUAAUGACACUUUCUAUCGACAAUUUCAUAUUAUUGUAUGUGGAUUGGACUCUAUCAUAGCCAGAAGAUGGAUAAAUGGAAUGCUGAUAUCUCUUCUAAAUUAUGAAGAUGGUGUGUUAGAUCCAAGCUCCAUUGUCCCUUUGAUAGAUGGGGGGACAGAAGGCUUUAAAGGAAAUGCUCGGGUGAUUUUGCCUGGAAUGACUGCUUGUAUUGAGUGUACACUGGAACUUUAUCCACCACAGGUUAAUUUCCCCAUGUGCACCAUUGCAUCUAUGCCCAGGCUACCAGAACAUUGUAUUGAGUAUGUAAGGAUGUUGCAGUGGCCUAAGGAGCAGCCAUUUGGAGAUGGGGUUCUGUUAGAUGGAGAUGAACCCGAACAUAUUCAGUGGAUUUUCCAAAAGUCUCUAGAGCGAGCAUCACAAUACAAUAUUAGGGGUGUUACCUAUAGACUCACACAAGGGGUAGUAAAACGAAUCAUUCCUGCAGUAGCUUCCACAAAUGCUGUCAUUGCAGCUGUGUGUGCCACUGAGGUUUUUAAAAUAGCCACAAGUGCAUACAUUCCCCUUAAUAAUUACUUGGUAUUCAAUGAUGUAGAUGGGCUGUACACAUACACAUUUGAAGCUGAGAGAAAGGAAAACUGCCCAGCAUGUAGCCAGCUUCCUCAAAAUAUUGAGUUUUCUCCAUCAGCUAAACUGCAAGAGGUUUUGGAUUAUCUAACCAAUAGUGCUGCUUUGCAAAUGAAAUCACCAGCUAUCACGGCCACAUUAGAGGGGAAAAAUAGAACACUUUACUUACAGUCAGUAACCUCUAUCGAAGAACGAACAAGGCCAAAUCUUUCGAAGACAUUGAAAGAAUUAGGGCUUGUUGAUGGACAGGAACUGGCUGUUGCUGAUGUCACCACACCUCAAACUGUACUUUUCAAACUUCAUUUUACUUCCUAAGGAAAAUAAAUCUGUACAUAAUGGAAAACUUGUAGAAAUAAUAUUCUUUAUGAAUGCUAAAAAAUCUGAUUGAAGAGCAGGGGACCCCACCGAAAUGGAAAUUUAAUUGAUACCACUUUUAGCAUUGGUGUCAUGAGAAUUUGACUUUUAUAUAUAUAUAUGCACACAUGCGCACGCACACACACACACCACACACACACAGCAAGCUACCCUUCUUUAACUUUGUAACUUUCUCUUGAAGACUGAACUUUGGGGUUGGUGCUUAUACAUGUUUUCAUUAGUAAUAUGGGAAGUAAUGCAUGGAGAGAAAGUUUUUGAGCAAAUGUGUUGCUUCUUUAAAGGAGGAGGCAAAUCUCUCUUUUGUGUAAGUUAUAUUGUAGUCAAAAAAAUGCCUUUCUCAGCUUUCAUUUGAACAACCACAUGUACAAAAGAUGUGUCCUUUAAUUGAAAUGAGGAAAUAAGUUUUAAAAUAGCAUUAAAAAUUAUAACAAUAUCUGGAGUGUAUUGAACAUGGGCUGUUUCUUGAUUUAAUAUCCAUUUAAAUUGUGGUUAUCCAAAUGUAUAUUAUAACAAAAUUUAUCUUGUCCAUAAUAAUUUGUAAACAGUAUUAUAGCUAAAUAUUUGUGCAUGAAAUGGGAAAUAUUUUUAUGUGUUAUUUGCAGUGCCAUAGAGGCCAGUAUGCACAAAUUUAAACCAACACAUGGCUGUUUAAAAAAUUAAUGUUUAAACAGUUAUCACUGAUGCAUUUGCACUAUUUAUUAAUAAAAUUAUACAUUGUC